CUGAGCAAAAAGCAGGUUCAUGCCUGGCGCCUUCCAGGCUUCUUUUCACUCAGUGCUCGUGUGCUUGUGCAACCGCAGCUCCAUUCUCCCGCUGCCUGGAGAGGAGGAAGGAGCAGCCCCUGCUGCCGAGGAGCUCGCAGCUCUCCACAAGCGUGCAGGAGACAGCGUUCCCAAGGCCGGCUCGCUGCAGCUGAGGAGACAGCACUCAUAGACCCUCCUUUGAUUAGGAUGUGUCCGUGUUGUCAGGGCAACUGUUAACAGCGGCGUAUCAUAUUUUCUCCUCUUGUACUGCGUGCUGAAUAUUUUAGUGUGCUGUGGCUGGAAGAAGGUGCUGCUGCAAGGAACCUGGAGCUGUGGGCCGGGAUCUGAUUGAACAGGUUAAGACAGCAAAGAGCAGCAUCCAAACCUAUGUGCCUUUGAUUAGGGCUUUUCUUCAAGGAGGGGAACGACUGCAAGCCUUUCCUGCCGACUAGAUGUUGGUAUUUGUCAGCUGUUUGCAUACUGCUUAUCCAUAGGGGAUCUGUUACAAGUGCUCAAAUGAACAGACAGCGUUGCAGCUAGCAGCUAAUCAGGGGCUGGAGUUUCUUACUUUUUUUUAAUAAGCAAGAGGCAACAGCAGCAUGCCUGGUUCAACUGCUGCCCUCCGACAAGAGAGACUGAAGAAAACUGCCAGGCCAAGUCCCCCAGGUUUAUUCACCAUUAAUGAAGAGGAUGAGCAGCAAAAAAAUGGGAAUUCCACAAGACUGAAAGGAACUGAAGGUUCUGAAACACAAGAUAAGAAAGUGACUUCAGGACAAAGCAAUGCUGGAACUAAACCAGAUCACCCAACAGUACUAAGGGUUGAUGACAGGCAACGGCUUGCCAGAGAACGGAGAGAAGAGAGAGAAAAACAGCUAGCUGCAAGAGAAUCCGUAUGGCUGGAAAGAGAAGAAAGAGCACGGCAACAUUAUGAGAAGCACCUAGAGGAACGCAGGAAGAAGCUAGAAGAGCAGAGACUAAAGGAAGAGAGAAGGCGAGCUGCUGUAGAGGAAAAGCGAAGGCAAAAACUAGAAGAAGAGAAGGAACGACAUGAAGCUGUUGUACGUCGCACAAUUGAAAGAAGCCAGAAGCCAAAACAAAGGCAGAACAGGUGGUCCUGGGGAGGAGCACUGCACAACCGCAUUAAUAACACAGGUUAUUAUUUUGAAUCAUCAUUCACCUUUCUCGAUUUAGCAGGCCUGGAGCACCACUUCAAAUCUCUGGGUGGUGCUAGAAAACCUGAUCGAGACAGGCGGUCUGUUUCAACAAUGAACCUUUCGAAACAUGUUGAUCCAGUCAUAAACAAGCGGCUCUCCUCCUCAUCUGCAACAUUACUAAAUUCUCCAGACAGAGCUCGCCGUCUUCAGCUCAGCCCAUGGGAGAGCAGCAUCGUUAGCAGGCUCCUGACGCCCACACACUCAUUCCUGGCUCGGAGUAAAAGCACAGCUGCAUUGUCUGGAGAUGCAGUUAUCCCCGUUUGUCCCCGUUCAGCAUCUUGCAGCCCCCUCAGCCCUCUGUCCUACAAGGCCCUGACCUGCAGGAAUUCAGGAGAAAGAGCAAAGCUCUAUGCUUCCACCGAUGCCGUUGGACGUCGGAGAACAACACACCUUUCAGGGACUGACAAAAGAGAAAAGGACCAUUUGUCAUCCAGCUUCUCAGCCAACUUUAAAGGAGGUCAUUUUACUUCCAGCCUCAAAGCUAGAUCAUCAGCUCCCUCUCCAGUUUGGCAUGCGUCAAAGUCUUUGCCUUUUUUGCCUGGCACACCCAAGCAGAUAACUUCCCCACCUGGUUCCUCCAAAGUUUCCUCUGCUCAGACACGUCCUCCCUCUCCUGGCAACAUCCGGCCAGUCAAAAAAGAGAUCAAACCAGAGGGUGAGAAGAAAAGACCAGAAAAGGAGGCUGAAAAGGCCAAUGAGGUGAGGACAGAAGAGAGUAAAGGAACUUCAGCAGGUGCUGGAGAACCCACAAGUCAGGAGCAGCUCACUGUCCAAGCGCAGCUAACUGAAGCAGCCAGCCCAUCCCUACCUCCGGCCACACCAGCUCCUUCUCCAGCCCCAGCAGUGCCCAAGCCCUCUGCAGGUACAACUGACCCUGAGGAAGCAACAAGGCUGCUGACUGAAAAGAGGCGCCUCGCCCGCGAGCAGCGGGAACGGGAGGAGCAGGAAAGGAGGGAGAGAGAAGAGCUUGAAAGACAAAAGAAAGAGGAGUUGUCGCAGAGGAUAGCUGAAGAGAGAGCUCGCCGAGAGGAGGAGGAAACUCGCAGACAAGAAGCAGAAAAACAAAGGAAGGAUGCAGAGGAGCGGGAAAAGGAGGAACGGCUGCGCCGCCAGGCAGAAGAAAGAGAGCAGAGGGAGAAAGAGGAGAUGGAGCGUGUUCAGAGACAAAAAGAAGAGGAAGCUCGCCUGCGGGAAGAGGCUGAGAGGAUUCGAUUAGAGCGUGAAAAGCAUUUCCAAAGAGAAGAGCAAGAGCGCUUGGAAAGGAAGAAGAGGCUUGAGGAGAUCAUGAAGAGAACUAGGCGUGUAGAAGCUGUAGAUAAGAAAUCCAAUGACCAGCAAAAUGGACAUAUAUCAAAGGCAAAUAUUACUGGAGAAGCAGUGGCAGGCAGCCCUGCGUGUGCCCCGGAGCCGGCAGCGGUGCCAGCCCCGCACAGCCACAACGGGAGCGUGGCCACCGGCGCGCGUGGGGACCCUCCGCUCCAGCCCCCCGGGAACGUGGACAGCAAUCUCAAUCCAGAGGAGAAUGCUAAUGAAAAUGGAAUGUCUAUGCAGAAUGAUAAUUUUGAAGAGAUCAUGAACCUGCCUAUUGGUUCUAAACCAUCCCGGCUGGAUGCUAUGAACAAUGAUGGAAGCAACAGUCCCGAAAUUCCUUUGAAUCCAAUUCUAGCCUUUGAAGAUAAGGGCACUCUUUUGCCUCAGGUAGAUAGUGUUCAAACACAUCAAACAGCAGAAGUGAUCUGAUUGUUUCUUCUGAAGAACCAAAGGUGAUAUGAGCAUCUCUGCAGUCAGUGGAGUUUCUUCCAUGCUAUGAAGGAGUGUUUUAUUUUUUCUCUCCAGUUUUUUAAAGAUUUCUUGAAUAUCUUUUUUGGAAGGACUUUAGUAAAACCAGCAGAAGAAAUGAGGGGAAUAGACUUGGAUCACCAUUCUAAUAGCUUUCAUCACUAGAAAAAUCAUGCUUCAUGUGCGUUACUUAAUAUGGCUAUUUCCAACAAGCUUUUUUGUUAGUAAAUGAAUAUUUCUGCAUUCCUUAAGACACAAGACACUGGAAUCUGAAAGUAACGGGCUGAUUUGGGUGGUGGGACUGAUUCUUUUUUGUUUUUAAAAAAGGUGGGUGUUGGUUUAAAAGGCAUAAUUGUAAAAUUGGCAAAGAAUCUUUUACACUUUAUGGUUCUAAUACUUGAAAAAUAAAUGCCUCAUUGCUCUACAAGUAGAGUUAAUGGGGUGUUUUAUUUAAACCUGUUGGUUUAAAUGUUAUUGCAGAGAACUCUAAUUAUGGGGGCAAACUAUAGGCUUCUGUAUCAGGUUCUUGUAAAUGUAAUUCCUACAGGGACAUUCUGUAAAUUGAGACGUCACUAUGAUCUUCUCACAUUUUCUCUAAAAACACAAAACAAGAAAGGUUUUAAAAUGUGAAAAUUUGAAAGCAUUAUUUUUUCAUGGACAAGAGGAUAACCUAUUGUUCUCCUAGAUAAUGUAUUUAUGAAUUUUGCUCAGUACAGAAAUAAAUCAUUUGAUUGAAUAAAUUAGACAAAUGUGGUGAAAAAGAUACUGCAAACUUGAUUUUUUUAGUUACAUCCACGUUCACAAUACUAUAAAAGAUGUGUAUGCAUAUGUGCACACACGUGUGCACACAUACAAGGAAUUACCUUGUUCUGAGUCCUGUAAAUUGCUGCUGUUCCCAAUGAUGGAAGACUUUUCCUUUGCCUUAUCAGACUUUUGAAGACUGUGUGAAACCUGGGAUAUUUGAGUUUUGGAUGAUGAUGCAGGUUCAGGGAUUUUUGGGGUUUGCUCGUUUCAGAGCAAAUGGAAAAUGGUCGUGCUUUUUUAUGUAGUGUGUGGUUUUUAUAAAGCAGUGCAGCUUGAGUGAUAAGAGGAGCGAUGCAGGUUGCUUUCUCUUUAGUUUGAUGCCGAUUUCUACUGUCAUUCAUUGUUCCAUCCCACACUUUUGGUUGCUGUUGUGCAGAACUGUAAAACCUUGCACGUUUUUGUGCUUUGCUAAACAAUGCUGUUGGAGGCAGAGCUCGCUCUGGGUGUUUGCGUUUGCAGCAUCGCCAAAGGCUUGAGGCAUUGCUCUCUGAAUCAGUGAGAAGAUCCUUGGGUAGGGAAAAUGGAGGUUCAUGGGCUCUCAGCUCCUGCUAACAGAGAAUUUUCCAUUAAGAUUCCUGCACUUGCCUCUGGUGAGCACUGAGCAAGGCCUGUAGGAAGCUGUGCAGAAAGUCUGUGCUAGCAGAAGAGAUCCUCUGAGACAAAAGCCGAAGGAUUUUUGAAGAAAUUUCUGCUGCUGCCGAGUGUUCAUCUUAUAGAGGAGAUGGGACAAAAGCAAUGGAAAUAAAAUGAAAGAGACUUCAUCUGCCAGAAUAUUUAUGGAAGGGAAAAAACAGCCAUUCAGUCAGAGUGCUUUCAAUAGUAACUUGUGACACAGUAAAAUGAAUUGGGUUCCUUUCUUGCUUUCUUUAGUUUUCCGUGUACAUAGCCACAAUAUUUUGAAGUGUCCAAAAUAUGUAGUUUUUCUUUAAAACUAUAUAUAGCAUGUAAGUACCAAAUAAAACUUGUUUGAAAUAUUUA